AUGCCGCUUAAUUCCGAACCACGGUUGCCUGAUAUCGUACGCGACUGGAAGAUCGAAGCUGAAGUUUCCGGCGACUAUACCAAGCACAUUGUUUACGAAAGCGGAUUAUCGGCACGAGAACGACAUAUACGAAAAGAGGAAACAUGGAAGCGGCAGAGACUCUUAGGGCAAGGAGGAUAUGGUACGGUCUACCUAGAGAAAUGUACACAAGGCGACCAGCCAAAAUUAAGGGCUGUCAAGAAGAUCAAGAGUCAAGACGUUGAACAUUCAAGAGAACUUGAAGCGAUACUUAGAUUUUCGCAUAAGAGGUAUAAUUAUUGCUUUGUACAGUCUUAUGGAUGGUUCGAAAGUGGCGAUUCAAUAUUUAUUUCCAUGGAAUACCUUGAGCUAGGCGAUUUACAAAGACAUCUCAUAAGGCCAUUACCGGAGUCCGAAGCUCAGCAGAUUACUCUCCAGGUCUUGGAGGGCUUAAAGUAUAUGCACGAAAAUGGCUUUGUUCACCGGGAUGUGAAACCUGCAGUAAGAUGGCCAUGUUUUAACACCAUGGUGGUUACUGCCGGACCAGACUGGUUCGUGAAGAUCGCUGAUUUCGGCAUUAGCAAGCGCCGGCAGCCAGGCGUUACGAGCUUGCGAACGAAGCAGCUCGGCACUAUGGGAUUUGCGGCUCCUGAACUAUUAAAUUUGUUUCAGGAGACUGUCACUUCCUCAUACACAUGGUCCGUGGACAUUUGGUCCUUGGGUGCUAUGGCAUACCUAAUGCUUACGCAUACCCUUCCCUUUCGAAGUUUUGGCGAUUUAUACGAGUAUGCACAUAAGGAAUCAUCAUUUCCAACUCAUUCCUUGAGCAAGUGUAAUGUCUCAGAAGAAGGACAUGAUUUUAUUACCAAGCUUAUGUCUCCUAAAUCACAAGAUCGGCCGGCAGCGCAAGUGGCUAUGGGCUAUGGAUGGCUGUCAUCCAUUAAUAACGAUAAAGAUGCCCAGCUGAGGCGAGUCCAUGAUGAUGCACAAACUGCACGUGUUUUGAUGAAAUCUAACAUAACUUUAGUAACUUCGAGACAGAAAAAGAAUUUGAUACUUUAUCCUGCUCCUCUUCAACAUCGAUAG